GGAAGUGUACCAAUACCAAAACAGCUCUACACACGUUUCGUGAACUGUGACAUGUCAAGCUUAUAACCACAGAUAUCUCAAUUGUUCAGCAACCUGUGUAUUGUUCUGUUGUAGCUCGACGCAGAACGUUGUUACAAAGGGACUGGAAUUUCUGGGUUGGACAUUUCUGUACAACAUGGAAGAAGAUGAUGGACUAAAGGAUAACCUUCGUCUACAGUUCCAGGCUCUGCAGGAGCAACAAGAGAAGCGUCUCCAGAGAAGACUAGAGAAACAGAAGAAGGAGCAGAAGGCCACUGAGAUCCAGGACAAUCUGGACCUGUCCCAGCUAGACAUUCAUCGCGCGGAUGAUUGUAGUAAAAAGCUGUUACAGAAUGAAAAUGAACAGUUGCAGGACCAGGUGAGGGAGUUGAGGGAUGAAAAUGGCCGACUAUUCAAACUAGUGAGCGAGAAAGACUUUGAGAUUAAACAUCUGAAGAAGAAGAGGGAGGAAGACAGGCUGGCUUUAGCAGGUACAUCUGGCUUGGCGGGUGAUGCGGCAGCUACCAAGAUUGUUGAGCUUUCUAAGAGGAAUCGAGAGUUUGCUUCUGAAAUGGAACGAGAAAAAGUUAAAGCAAAACAAACUAGCAACAGAGUGAAAGAGCUUGAGAAAGAGCUCCAGAGUGCUUUGUUGCUUAGUCCUCCUGGGAAGAAGAUGGAUGUAAAGCCACAAGACAUGAGGUCAUCCCAGGACUUCCAGGAGAACAGUCCAGUGGUAAAAUCUCUACAGGAAAAACUAUCUGCUGCACAAUUCAAGAUGACAGAAUAUCGAAACCAGAUUCAAGCUGUCAAGCAGGAAUUGAAAAUAGCUCAGAAGGUGUUAUCCAGUGAGAUAGGAGAGGAAGUCAGCAUCCAGCAGCUACUGACCAGCCCAGGGAACUGGAGAGGUCGUUCCCAGCAGAUACUGGCUCUCCAGAUUAGGGUUCGGGACCUGGAGCAGCAGCUGAGCCAAUCAGCUCAGAGGAAGCAGCCGUCAUUCGUCAGCGUUGAAGAGGAUCUACUGUGGGGCGGGGCCUUGCAGAAGACACCCCCCCAGGACAGGAACCUCAGCUACAUCCGCAAUAUGGAGAGGGAGAAGAGAGAAACUCUGGAGAGGAUGACGGGGGACUAUGAUUCCGUCAUGAAGGACCACAAGGAUGUGAAGAAGAAGCUGGAGGGCUCCAAGGCCAGAAACAAAAACCUGAGCACUGAGGUGAAAUCACUGAAGGCCCAGAUCUCCACCCUGCUGGACAAAGGAAAGCAUGAUGAUGAGCUGGUGGAUGCCUUACUGAAGCAGCAGAGCCAGCUGCAGGAGGUGCUGGGCAGGCUGAGUCAGCAGGACGCGCAGACCAAGGAGAGCCAGCAGAACCUAGGACAGCAGCUGAGCAGCGAGGCCCAGAGACACACAUCCCUCAUCCAACAGCUCAAACACAUGGUCUUCGAGAGGGAGGCCAAAGUGAAAGAGCUGGAGGACGAGAUACAGCAACUGUCCUUAAAGAGAGAGGAAGGCGGUCAAUCAGGCCCCAAGACGACCACUGGCAGCUUCUGGCCUUUGACAGCAGGGGGAGACAGCAGUAAGAGGAUUAGCUCAGCCCGUUCAGUAUCUAAACUUGGACAUAAACUAGUGGAGUCAGCAGCUGGGGUCAGUUUAGAGGUCAGAGAUGCAGGAGCUCCUUCGGGUUGUCAGAACUGUUCAGAGGAGGUCAGGUACCUGAAGGCAGAGUGUACAGAGUUUCGGACCCUUUGUGAGGCUGCCUGUGUCGAGAGAGAUAGGCUCCUAGAGCUUGUCAAGCUCCAGCAAUCCAGGGAGGAGGAAGGGAAGCAGAGGUGCCUAGGAGCAGAGCAAAAAUUCCAAGGAGAACGCAGAAGGGCCGUAGCCCUAGAGCAGCAGCUAGAAAAAGCAAAGCUGGAUCUGGGCAAAGGAUUGGCUCCCAGAAAAACUAGCAACAAGGGCACUGGAGGAGCCUCGUCUAGUGGGAGACAGAGGGAAUCAUCAUCCCCUCGAAGCCCUCCUGACCUUUCCAGGGAGGCCCAAGUCAUUGAACUAAGUACCCAGCUGACGGUGCUGCAGGGGGAGAACGAGGCUCUGAGGGCUGAGCUGAGGAGCACUCUCCAGGCCAAGGCUGAGGACCUGCAGCUCUGCAGUGACAUGAUGAACCAAGUCAAGCACGUCUUUCUGCAGGCGCUGCGACAACACAAGCAGGACAGAGACACAAACCAGGAGAAUUAGUUAGCUAGCUGUAUUAAAGGCCCUGGCUGCUUAACCUGCUGGACUUCAACCACGUCCCCAAAAAACCUUAAGUUCCUCUUGUCCAGUCAUAUCAACUCUGAGGAAGGACAGGAAUGGAGCAGGCCUGUCUGCUUCAGCAAUACAAUGUAAUUACUGGUUCCUGGUUUCCUGACUGCUUCCUGCUAACUCUGUUGACCACGAAAAGACGACAACCUGCUUUGAUUGCCCCCAUGUAGUGAAUAUGAGUAAGCCAAUCAAAGCCAACUUGGCACCUGCGGACCAAAAAGUUUAUCAACUUUGACAUGAAGAUGUUACACAGUGGUUCCUAUUGUUGAUUGCAUGACUGGUCAGUGCAUAUAGAAUGUGUCUGCAUUAUGUGAUGUGUAUGCAUGGACUUGUCCAUAGGUGUGUUUCUUUUCUAAAUGUCACUGUCAUGUCAAAAUAGUGUCGUCGUCUUAGCACCUGUGUUUGUAAGAUAUAGGAUAGAGGGCCGCAGUGUGUUUGUAAGAUAUAGUAUAGAGGGCCGCAGUGUGUUUGUAAGAUAUAGUAUAGAGGGCCGCAGUGUGUUUGUAAGAUAUAGUAUAGAGGGCCGCAGUGUGUUUGUAAGAUAUAGUAUAGAGGGCCGCAGUGCAGUGUGUUUGUAAGAUAUAGUACAGAGGGCCCCAGUGUGUUUGUAAGAUAUAGUACAGAGGGCCGCAGUGUGUUUGUAAGAUAUAGUAUAGAGGGCCGCAGUGUGUUUGUAAGAUAUAGUAUAGAGGGCCACAGUGUGUUUGUAAGAUAUAGUAUAGAGGGCCACAGUGUGUUUGUAAGAUAUAGUACAGAGGGCCGCAGUGUGUUUGUAAGAUAUAGUACAGAGGGCCGCAGUGUGUUUGUAAGAUAUAGUACAGAGGGCCGCAGUGUGUUUGUAAGAUAUAGUACAGAGGGCCGCAGUGUGUUUGUAAGAUAUAGUACAGAGGGCCGCAGUGUGUUUGUAAGAUAUAGUACAGAGGGCCCCAGUGUGUUUGUAAGAUAUAGUACAGAGGGCCCCAGUGUGUUUGUAAGAUAUAGUACAGAGGGCCCCAGUGUGUUUGUAAGAUAUAGUACAGAGGGCCCCAGUGUGUUUGUAAGAUAUAGUACAGAGGGCCCCAGUGUGUUUGUAAGAUAUAGUACAGAGGGCUCCAGUGUGUUUGUAAGAUAUAGUACAGAGGGCCCCAGUGUGUUUGUAAGAUAUAGUACAGAGGGCCCCAGUGUGUUUGUAAGAUAUAGUACAGAGGGCCCCAGUGUGUUUGUAAGAUAUAGUACAGAGGGCCCCAGUGUGUUUGUAAGAUAUAGUACAGAGGGCCCCAGUGUGUUUGUAAGAUAUAGUACAGAGGGCUCCAGUGUGUUUGUAAGAUAUAGUACAGAGGGCCCCAGUGUGUUUGUAAGACAUGGUACAGAGGGCCGCAGUGUGUUUGCAACACACAUCACAGUUAAGAUGCUAAUGUUUAGUUAGGGCUCUAUUCAAUCCAUAUCGCUGAAGAUCUGUUUCAUAACACAUUGACAAUUAAAGGCAAUGUUUCCUGCUGUCUCACGGUAAACGCUGCAUAUCAAAUCACAUUUUAUUUGUCACAUACGCCAAAUACAACAGGUGUAGACCUUAUCGUGAAAUGCUUACUUACAAGCCCUUCACCAACAAUGCUGUUCAAGAAAUAGAUUUAAGAAAAUAUUUAGUAAAUAAACUAAAGUAAAAAAAAUGAAAUAAAAUCAAAAAGUAACAUAAGAAAAUGACAUAAUAAUGAGGCUAUAUACAGGGGUACCGAUACCGAAUCAAUGUGCGGGGGUACAGGUUAGUCGAGGUCAUUUGUAAAUUGACUAUGCAUAGAUAAUAAACAGCAAGUAGGAGAAGUGUAAAACAAAGGGGGGGAGUCAAUGUAAAUAGUCCUGGUGGCCAUUUAAUUAAUUGUUCAGUAGUCUUAUGGCUUGGUGGUAGAAGCUGUUAAGGAGCUUUUUGAUCCUAGACAUGGCGCUCCGGUACCGCUUGCCGUGCGGUAGCAGAGAGAACAGUCUAUGACUUGGGUGACUGGAGUCUGACUUUUUUUUAAUGACGGCUCAAUCUGAAAUGACCUUUAAGUUUCAACAUGGAUCCUCCCAGAUACUUGUAUCCAGGCUACAGUAUCACACAUAAAUAUUUGACAGCCCCAAACCAAAUAGUAAAGAAAGUAAAGUUCCUCAAUAGUUUAACAUUAUUCAAAGCUAUCGCGGCUAAUCACUUCUGACUUAAAACCAGAUGUGGGGGAAUAGUGGUUGAAAACGAAUGUAGACAUUAAGCUACACAAACUCCCUGCUCUGCCAGUCUAUACUGUCGGUUCCUUAGAGCAUGUUCCCAAUGCUUACUGUAUAUACAGUGAUCUCCAAAACUAUUGGGACAGUGACACAUUUUGUGUUGUUUUGGAUCUGCACUCUAGCACUUUGGAUUUGAAAUGAUACAGUGACUAUGAGGUUAAAGUGCAGACUCAGCUUUAAUUUCAGGGUAUUUUCAUCCAUAUCGGGUGAACUUUUUAUACAUAGUCCCCCCAUUUUAGGGGACCAAAAGUAUUGGGACAAAUUCAAUUACAUGUGUAUUCAAGUAGUCAAAAGUUUAGUAUUUGGUCCCAUAUUCCUAGCCCGUAAUGAUUACAUCAAGCCUGUGACUCAGCAUUUGCUGUUUGUUUUGGUUGUGUUUCAGAUUAUUUUGUGCCCAAUAGAAAUGAAUGGUAAAUAAUGUAUUGUGUCAUUUUGGAGUCACAUUUAUUGUAAAUAAGAAUAGAAUAUGGUUCUAAACACUUCUACAUUAAUGUGGAUGCUACCAUGAUUACGGAUAAUCCUGAAUGAAUAAUGAGUGAGAAAGUUCACCCGAUAAACGGUUCACCCGAUAUGAAUGAAAUUACCCUCAAAUUAAACAUAACAGUCUGCACUUUAA